UUUUUUUAUUUGACAUAUUAUGCUGUAUCUCCAAAGCUGUUUUUUCUUGAUUACACUUUAAAUUUUUACCUCAAGAUUUAGAAGGAAACGAAAGUAUAUUACUAAAUUACUGCACAGAUAUUUUUCAUUGAAAUUGAGACUCAAUUUUAUUACCGCCUUGGCAUGCGAUGUCAUACUAUUGACAGUGAAACACUUCGUGAACGAAUUAAAUAGAAUUAUUGCAAAAUCUGUUCAACUAUCUACUGAUAAAUACAGAGAAUAGAACAGUGACAACAGUGGAGACAUGCGCAAUAUAGAUUGAUCACGCUCACAAUUAAUUCAACGACGUCAAUUCAAAUUCCAAAUCAGAAACAAACAAAUCAUCAAAAUGCUAACUACCAAGAUUUUCUUCUCGAGGAUCAUCAAGGAUUUCAAAUCAAAAGAGCUGAUGCCAUUGAAGUUAAUAUUUUUUGUUCAAGCUUCCACACUUUACGUGUUGUAUCCAUACUUGACCAUACACAUGAGAGAACUGGGAAUAAACGUGGAAGAGACGGCGAUAAUGAGUUCUAUCACUCCUCUCGUGGCUAUGGUGAUGCCGCCGCUUGCCGGUAUGUUGGCUGACCGCAUAGGAAACUUCAGAAUUUUGCUGUCGCUGUUUUCCGCGUUCGGAGGUUUAGCGGCGUUAUUGCUAUUACUGGUGCCGAUCGGCAGAGUGACAGUACAUUUCCCCCAGAGGAUAAUCAUGGACCUCGGUUGCGAAGGUAGAAACGGUUCGCUACUACAUACAAUGAGUCAGAUUCAUCCGUGUGAGACGAAAUUAGAAUCGGAGGAGAUCGCUGUAAAUGUAGAAAGUUGUGGAUUCGUAUGUCAUGUAGAAACGAACAAUGAGACGGAUGGAAGUCAAAUUCUGAAAUCGAGGCUUUAUACGGUCCGACAUCUCAAUUUUCAGACUGGCGUGAAUACUUCAUACAAAUAUAUUGUUGCUCCGAGCGACUUGGCAACGUUACAGAGCAUUCAGCAAGAAGAUAUGAAGGAACAUCGACAAUUAAAAAAUAAUGAGUUUUUUAAAACUAGCAUUCGACAAGUUUCAAAAACGAAUUAUUUUUUUCCAACGGACCAGUUAUUCUCUUUCUCGUGUAUGCCUUUGUCGGGACACGUCCAAGAUAUUGAUAACUUUACUACCGAAACAUCAUAUAGAAUGUCUAGAAAUUAUACAUCAUGCGUGUUUGAUAAUUUAAUGAAAUCGAAGGAUAACAUCAACCGUACGAUAAAUUAUCAUUUGUACAAAUCAAAAAUUAAAAGUUUGAAACCAGAUGAAGAUGAUUUACAAGAAGAACAGCAAAGAUAUUUGUCGGAAAAAAUAUCCUGGGCAGGGGAAGAUUUUCGAAAACCCAUUUGCGAUGAUCUAGAGUCUAAUAUAAAUAAUCAAAUCACGAUACAAGUGCGGCUCUAUGAUCACGAAGCGAAUCUAGAAGCAACCAACCGAGUCUUGAACAUAAAUGAGUGCAGGAAGAAAUGCAUAGUUACUUUACCUCGCAACGCGGUGUGUUCUAACAUGAAUAUGGAAGUUGAAUAUAACGUAAAGUUAACGUUUUGGCUUUAUCUCGUCAUUCGAGUAUUUGUAGGUAUUAUUGGAGGUACAACUUUUGCCAUGUUCGAAGGCGCUGUUAUAGCGAUAUUGCGAGAGCAAGAGGCAGAUUAUGGUCUUCAACGAAUUUAUGGCAGUAUAGGAGGCAUGAUUUCGUCACCCUUAUCAGGUCUUCUCAUAGAUUACGCUAGCAAGGGUAAAGGAUAUACAGAUUUUAGGCCAGCAUUUUACCUCUACGCGGCGUUGAAACUUGCAUCGGGUGUUCUCAUGUUGCUGAUCAACUUAGAAUUUAAGGCACCUGCGAAGGACGUUGUGCGAGAUGUCUUUACUGUUCUGAGAAAUCUCGAAACUGCCGUACUUUUCCUAGCCUGCUUUGUUCUCGGCACCGCCUGGGGAUAUAUCGAGUCGUUUCUCUUCUGGCUAAUUCAAGAUCUAGGAGGAUCUAGAUCGCUUAUGGGUAUCACGGUAGCAGUAGGCGGUAUCGCUGGCAUACCAUUGUUGGCACUCUCGGGACCAAUAAUAUCAAAGAUUGGUCACGCGAACGUGCUUUUCAUAGGUUUCGUGUUUUACGCCAUCAGGCUUUGCGGCUAUUCUUUGAUUUACGAUCCUUGGCUUACUUUAAUCUUCGAAGCAUUAGAGUCGGUUACAACAUCUCUCAGCUUUACCGCAGCCGUCACUUAUGCGGCAAAAUUAUCAACUACAUCUACCGACAGUUCGAUACAAGGACUGCUUGGUGGCGUUUAUUAUGGAGUUGGCAAAGGUUCCGGGAGCUUAAUUGGUGGUUAUCUAAUGAAAUUCUUUGGUACCAGACCGACCUAUCAAAUUUUUGCUGUAGUAACUUUAUUGACUGGCAUAAUAUAUUUUAUAUUCAAUGUAACUUAUCUGAAGAAGCGAUCGCAACUCGAAGGUAAUGAUAUUGUAAAAAAGAAACCAAAAAAUAUUGAUGAACAAGACAAUCCCGAGAAACAUACAAAUGAUAUUAGCCUCGACGAAAAACCACAAAGUAAUCAAAUUAAUAACAAGAGCAACAUGAUGGCAAAUGAUAAUAAAGGAUUUUUAAAAGAAGAAUCACACAAUAAUAAACAAACAGAUGAAUUGAAUUCAACUGAGAUUGAAGCUAUCAGGAACGCUAAAAAUAUUGAUGAAAUCCAAUUAGAAAACAUAAGGACAAAUUAGCAGCAAAGAGUAAUACAAUUCAAACAUAGGUUGAAGAAAGUGAUAUGCAAAGAAGCUAUUUUAUUAAUCUGAAUUUUGAGACUGAUUUAGAUCAGAGUAAAAUCAUAGUAAAAAGAGGAAAGCAUACAUUCCAAAACAACAAGCAUAUCGAUUGAGUUUACAGGAUUCCUGGGAUUCCUAGUUUAACAAUCGUCAAUUAAGGAAUUUAAUAACAGCAUAAGCGCAAUUUU